UUCAUAUGGCGUUCUGAAACGUUAUCUCCGUCUUCAAUCCAGGGUUAGGGUUAGCUUUCUGAUCUCCCAUGUCCUUCGUUAAUGUCAUCUAGGGUUUCAAAAUUUCUUCCGUCAUCAGGAGAAAAACUUUAUUCUCCUGUUUUCGGCAUCUAGGUUUACGAUUUCUCAGCAGAAGCACUUGUUGUUUCUUCUUAUUAGGCGUCUAAAGGUUUGAUUCCUUUAGGGUUUACGGUUUUUUUUUUAUAUUUUCUAGGUUUAAUAGCAGGAAUGGCUUCAUUGAUAGCGAUUUCUUCUGCUAUUAAAUCGAUCGAUACAAAGAAGGAUGACCUUCGUAAGGCAUUCGAAGAUCUCCAAGCACACUCUUCUUCCCUUGCUUCUUUCACCCUUCAAUGGAAGGAUCUGGAGGAGCAUUUGGACUCGAUAAAGAGUUCUAUAGAGAAACGGUUCAAGGAACUUGAAUCUACCGAGCCACAAGCCGGUGAUGGAAAGGCUGUGGAAGAAUCUUCUCCCAAAAAGCCUGAGUCUAAUAGGAAACAGUCUUCUUCGGCGGUUGUGCCAUUGAAGAAGGAAGAGGAGUCGGAAAUUAUUCCUCGGCCUGAGUUGAAAUCCUUCUGUACUAAGAUGGAUGGAAAGGGUUUGCGUUCUUAUGUAAUCGACCAUCGUAGGGAGUUGCCUGUGAUCCGGAGUGAAGUUGCUGUUGCAUUUAAAUCGGCACCGGAUCCGGCUAAGCUUGUUUUAGAUGCAAUGGAAGGUUUCUACCCUCCCAAUUCCAAAGGAGAUAAGGAUGCUGAUUUGGCUGCUAUUAGAAGAACUUGUAUUCUUUUACUAGAACAGCAAACGAUGAUCUCACCAGAAAUUAAACCUCAGUUGAAGGAGAGAGCGACGAAAUUGGCCAUUGAGUGGAAAACGAAACUUACUCCAGGCGGUGAAAAUCAUCUAGAGGCCUUGGCCUUUUUGCAGCUUCUUGCUACCUUUGAUUUGGUUGGCGCAUUUAGUAUAGAUUAUCUUCUUGAUAUUUUUGUGACUAUUGCUCGGCGCAGACAGGCUAUUGAUUUGUGUCGAGCGCUUGGUUUCACAGAAAAUAUUCCUGAUUUUAUUCAGAAACUCACUAGUAAGGGGAAGCUUCUUGAAGCUGUAAAAUUUGUGUUUGCAUUUGAUCUUGCUCACAAGUUUCCACCAGUACCUCUCCUUAAAAAUUACAUUAAGGAGUCCAAGAAAACAGCACAGGAAAUUCGCAAAAAGGGAAAUCAUUCCACUCAGUCGCAGAAUGAGGCUACGGCCAGGGAAUGUGCUGCCUUGAAGGCAGUAAUUAAAAACAUAGAAGAACACCACCUUGCGUCCCAGUACCCACCCGAGAAUCUUCAGAAGCGCAUGGAACAGUUGGAGAAGCAGAAAGCAGAGAGGAAACGCCCUGCAGCAGCUCCUGCAUCUAAGCAGCAGACUGGAAGUAAACGUUCUCGCCCAUCAGCUCCUGCCGUUGCAGCUCCUGCUGCCUCUGCCGCGGCUUCCUCUUACCCGAAAACCAUGUCUGGGACUCCUACCUCUCUUCACUCGAUUGCUCAGAUGCAGCAAUCUGGCCUUUUACCAGAACGAGCUGCUCCCUAUAUGGGUUCAGCAGCUGGGCCGUAUGGCUUGCCAGGUCCUUCUUCUAUAGCACAUUAUGGGAGUUCAUCUUCUGGACUGUACGGGUUUGCUGAUAACCCAGUCAAUUUUGGUGGAAACCUAAGCCCAGCUAGGUCCCACCUUUAUUCUUCUCUUCCAUCUCACCCUUCGCACCCAUCACAAUCUUCUCUUCCAUCUCACCCUUCUGGUCUUUACGACAGGUCUUUGAGCUAUGAUAGCUAUGGCUUACCAUCUCAGUACCGGCCUUCUUCCUAUUACCCAUGAAAGGUUCCUACCUUUUCCCAAAUGACAUCUUAUGUCAUUGUACAGAGAAGUCUUGUUUGCAGAAGUUUAACAAGGUUUAUUAUAUUUCUGUAGGUUUUGUUGGUUUCGACCUAUCUAAGUUUGGGAAGUUUCUUAAUGUGGUUUGUAUGAUCUUCUGAAUCAUACACUUUUUUCUACCUAUUGAAGUUUUUAUGUUUACAUAUUAGUUGAAGCUUCAUAUUGGUGAUCUUAGUUUUCCA